AUGGCUACACAGGGAGGUAUUCAUAUUGGGGUAUCGUCUCCAUCAUUAGACGGACAUGCAGGUAUUGACAAUACCGUACAAUCAUCGACUACCGACGAAGGUAACGAUACUCCUGACUGCCAUGUCAACCACAACACCGAAAGGGAUCACAACACCACCCUCCGGGAAAUCCGUGCCUCAAAGAAAGGCGGUGAUCCAGCAAAUGACAUGGAAGCAAGGGGCACGUUUACCGUAACUGUAGGCCGUAAUGUCAUUGGAUUGGCUGCCAACACGAUGUACAAGACUGGUUCAGCCCAACAAUCAGGACACAAAGACGACGGAACACCCGAUGACUGCAAUGAUGACCCUGAAAGCCACGUGUACAACAAUUCCGACACAGAUGACAUCGACAGGCCACAGCAGCCUGCUGCAGAGAUAGGGCAGAGAGCUGAUAAACAGGAAAACACCACAGCAUCAAACAAUGUACAGAAGGACGACUCGGGCCUGCUGAAUAACCCAACCUACGUACCUGGCGCACUUCGACAAGAUCACAACAACAAAGGUGACAUCCACCCUGCCGCCCGUGACACCAACAACAAAGGUGACAGCGACAAUACCAGCCUUGAAAACCACAAUGAUAGGAGUGACAACCACAAUGCCAGCCGUGACAACCAAACUGCCAGGAGUGACAACAAAAAUACCAGCAGUAACAACCACAAUGCCAGGAGUGACAACAAAAAUACCAGCAGUAACAACCACUGUGCCAGCCUUGGCAACCACAUUGCCAGUUGCGACAACCAUACCGCUAGAAGUGAUUUCGAAUCUGCCGGAUCUGACAACGACAUACAAAAAGUAUCUGUUACUUACGACCAGUGUGACGCGACGGAGCAAGUAUCUUGA